AUGUCUUUGCAAGGAGGUUAUGUUCCUUAUGGCAGUGGAAGAAUAUGGUUAGACGACGUUCAAUGUGUAGGAAAUGAAAAUUAUAUUUCGAGUUGUUCACAUAGAGAAUGGGGAUUGCAUAAUUGUGGACAUUUUCAAGAUGCUGGUGUACAAUGUUCAGUUAUCAACUCUGUUAGACUUCGGGGACCAGAAAGUUCUAUUGGCAAAGGUCGUGUAGAGGUAUUUUACAAUGGAGAAUGGGGAACAAUUUGUGAUGAUGGCUGGGAUAUAAACGAUGCUAAAGUUGUGUGUCGACAACUUGGUUAUGACUAUUAUUUCAGGGCUUUACUACGACGUAAUGUUCCACGUGGCAGUGGAAGGAUAUGGUUAGACGACGUUCAAUGUGUAGGAAAUGAAAGUAAUAUUUCGAGUUGUUCACAUAGAGAAUGGGGAUUGCAUAAUUGUAGACAUUAUAAAGAUGCUGGUGUACAAUGUUCAGUUAUCAACUCUGUUAGACUUCGGGGACCAGAAAAUUCUAUUGGCAGAGGUCGUGUGGAUGUAUUUUACAAUGGAGAAUGGGGAACAAUUUGUGAUGAUGGCUGGGAUAUAAACGAUGCUAAAGUUGUUUGUCGACAACUUGGUUAUGACUAUGCUGGCAGGGCUUUACUAGGAGGUAAUGUUCCACAUGGCAGUGGAAGAAUAUGGUUAGACGAAGUUCGUUGUGUAGGAAAUGAAAAUAAUAUUUCGAGUUGUGCACAUAGUGGAUGGGGAUCACAUAAUUGUACACAUGAUAAAGAUGCUGGUAUACAAUGUUCAGUUAUCAACUCUGUUAGACUUCGGGGACCAGAAAGUUCUAUUGGCAAAGGUCGUGUAGAAGUAUUUUACAAUGGAGAAUGGGGAACAAUUUGUGAUGAUGGCUGGGAUAUAAACGAUGCUAAAGUUGUGUGUCGACAACUUGGUUAUGACUAUUAUUUCAGGGCUUUACUACGACGUAAUGUUCCACGUGGCAGUGGAAGGAUAUGGUUAGACGACGUUCAAUGUGUAGGAAAUGAAAGUAAUAUUUCGAGUUGUUCACAUAGAGAAUGGGGAUUGCAUAAUUGUAGACAUUAUAAAGAUGCUGGUGUACAAUGUUCAGUUAUCAACUCUGUUAGACUUCGGGGACCAGAAAGUUCUAUUGGCAAAGGUCGUGUAGAGGUAUUUUACAAUGGAGAAUGGGGAACAAUUUGUGAUGAUGGCUGGGAUAUAAACGAUGCUAAAGUUGUGUGUCGACAACUUGGUUAUGACUAUUAUUUCAGGGCUUUACUACGACGUAAUGUUCCACGUGGCAGUGGAAGGAUAUGGUUAGACGACGUUCAAUGUGUAGGAAAUGAAAGUAAUAUUUCGAGUUGUUCACAUAGAGAAUGGGGAUUGCAUAAUUGUAGACAUUAUAAAGAUGCUGGUGUACAAUGUUCAGUUAUCAACUCUGUUAGACUUCGGGGACCAGAAAGUUCUAUUGGCAGAGGUCGUGUAGAGGUAUUUUACAAUGGAGAAUGGGGAACAAUUUGUGAUGAUGGCUGGGAUAUAAACGAUGCUAAAGUUGUGUGUCGACAACUUGGUUAUGACUAUUAUUUCAGGGCUUUACUACGACGUAAUUUUCCACGUGGCAGUGGAAGGAUAUGGUUAGACGACGUUCAAUGUGUAGGAAAUGAAAGUAAUAUUUCGAGUUGUUCACAUAGAGAAUGGGGAUUGCAUAAUUGUACACAUUAUAAAGAUGCUGGUGUACAAUGUUCAGUUAUCAACUCUGUUAGACUUCGGGGACCAGAAAGUUCUAUUGGCAAAGGUCGGGUAGAAGUAUUUUACAAUGGAGAAUGGGGAACAAUUUGUGAUCAUGGCUGGGAUAUAAACGAUGCUAAAGUUGUGUGUCGACAACUUGGUUAUGACUAUUAUUAUUUCAGGGCUUUACUAGGAGGUAAUGUUCCUUAUGGCAGUGGAAGAAUAUGGUUAGACGACGUUCGUUGUGUAGGAAAUGAAAAUAAUAUUUCGAGUUGUUCACAUAGAGGAUGGGGAUUGCAUUAUUGUACAUAUUAUAGAGAUGCUGGUGUACAAUGUUCAGUUAUCAACUCUGUUAGACUUCGGGGACCAGAAAGUUCUAUUGGCAAAGGUCGUGUAGAGGUAUUUUACAAUGGAGAAUGGGGAACAAUUUGUGAUGAUGGCUGGGAUAUAAACGAUGCUAAAGUUGUUUGUCGACAACUUGGUUAUGACUAUUAUUUCAGGGCUUUACUACGACGUAAUGUU